AUGGCGUCCCACGCCCAAACCUCUCCGUCUCCAUCUUCUGUCCCCGAAGGCAAUUCCAUCAACGAGCAGAAACGGGACCCUCGCCCUUCAUCCGACGACACAGUCAUGGUUGACGACCCUGAUCAAGCAAUUACGACGGGACACGAUGUCGACAGCAAAAUCGUCGGCUGGGACGGCCCAGAUGACCCAGAUAACCCCAUGAACUGGCCAAAUCGGAAGAAGUGGAUGAUUACAAUCUCCUUGGGCAUGUUGACAUGGGUUGUGACGUUCGCAAGCAGCAUUUUCAGCACAGCGGUUCGGCCUGCUGCGAUCGAGUUCGGCGUGUCAACAGAGGUCAUGACUCUGGGUACAAGCUUGUUUGUCUUGGGAUUCGCUUUUGGCCCUCUAAUAUUUGGUCCCAUGUCAGAGGUGUACGGCCGUAAAUACCCGCUGUUUGUUGGAUAUUUCGUAUUUGCAAUAUUCCAAAUUCCCGUGGCCACCGCCGAAAACGUUCCAACCAUCCUCGUCUGCCGAUUCCUGAGUGGCCUGUUUGGCUCGUCCCCCCUCAGCGUUGUCGGCGGCGCGCUUGUCGACCUUUGGCCCCCCGUGGAGCGCGGCAUUGCCAUGAGCAUCUUCGCUGGCGCGAAUUUUGUCGGUCCUGUUGCCGGUCCGAUCAUGGGCGGGUUUAUCACCCAAAGUUCGCUCGGCUGGCGAUGGACAGCGUACAUCACGGCCAUUAUGGCAGCUCUAUUCGGUCCCAUAGCAUUCAUAACGGUUCCUGAGACGCUGGAGUCUUCCCUACUGACUAGGAAAGCUCGCUCAGUUCGUCUCUCGACCCGAGAUUGGGCCAUGCAUGCCGUUGCAGAAGAAACGCCUGUUGAUCUCGACGAGAUGGCGAACCGAAUCCUAGUCCGGCCUCUAGCCAUGCUGGUGCUCGAACCCAUUAUCAUCCUCGUGACCCUUUACAUGUCUUUUGUAUACGGUCUCAUCUACCUUUGUUUCACAGCAUAUCCAGCAUCCUUUCAAGAGGACCGGGGCUGGAACAGCGGUGUUGGAGCUCUCCCGUUCCUGGCCAUAAUACUGGGCGUUGUAAUUGGGGCCAUCAUCAUUAUCAUCUUCUCCAGGACCCGGUUUACACGCAUAAUCAAGGAGAAGGGUCAUCUGCCACCUGAGCAACGGCUUCUACCGAUGAUAAUUGGCGGGGCAUGUUUUCCCAUUGGACUCUUCUGGUUCGCCUGGACCUCCAACCCUAGCAUCUCAUGGGUGCCACAAGCCAUAGCUGGGGUUCCGCUGGGAAUGGGUGUCAUGCUUAUCUUUCUCCAAGGCCAAACCUACAUCAUCGAUAAUUACCUGAUGAAUGCAAACAGCGCCCUCGCUGCCAAUGCUGUAGUCCGCGCACUCUUCGGCGCAGGAUUUCCCAUGUUUGCAGCAGCCAUGUACAAAAAGCUGGGGGUUGGUUGGGCCACCAGCGUUCUUGGCUUUAUAGCCGUCGCGCUUUUCCCAGUUCCAAUCCUUUUCUAUAUCUUUGGAGAGAAAAUUCGAAAGCUCAGCCGAUAUGCGCCAAGUGGUGGCCGUCCAAAAUAG